AUGCGCAAUACGUUUGUAAAAUUAAUCAGCAGCUCUCUCUCCCUCCAGGCCAAAUCAAAGGCCAAGCUUUCUGCUAAUAGGGUGAGCGUGGGCGAUGCAUCCGCCAACCUCAAAUCCAUCGACGCCAAUCGCCCGUGGUCUGCAUUCGAGCUUACAGUCGUCACCAAGAAGGAGAAAGGACAUAUUCCACUAAGGGGGAUGGUUGAAUUGCCCCAUGAUCCACGUAAACACAAAGAGGUUGUCCUUGUUUUCGCAGAGGGCCAGGAUGCUAAAGACGCCAGAGCUGCCGGGGCUGAUAUAGUAGGCGGUGAGGAAUUGGUUCAGGAUCUCCUAUCUGGCUCUCAAGCCCUCCCCACAAAAGCCAUAGCUCACCCAUCGAUUCUCCCGCACGUACAAAAGAAUCUCGCCAGGAUGCUCGGUCCAAAGGGACUGAUGCCAGCCGAGAAGCGCGGCACCGUUACUACCGAUAUCCCAUCCGCUAUCAACGAGGCCAGAGGUAAGGUGGGCUGGAGGGGUGAUCGCGUUGGCGUGGUGAGACUAGGCGUUGGCAGAAUACAAUUCCAAGGUGGCCAAUUGGAGGAGAAUAUCAGACAGUUUGUCGAUGGAUUGAGGAGUGGUGCUAUUGUAGACGCUGCUCCAGGUCAGCCUAGACGACUGACGGUGGUCGAGAAGAUCUAUCUCAGCAGUACACAAGGCAAAGCCUUUGAAUUGAGGUUGUAG